CGCGGCUCCGGGGUUCGGAGUCCGGCGGCUCUUCUCGUCGACGCACCUCUUGUCAGGAGCGGGCGGCUGCAACUGCACCUUAGUCGGCCGUCGGGGCCGAGAACCAUGAGCCCCGGGGGUGCGGGCUGCUCCAACGGGCUGCUGCUGACGGUCGGCUGGCUGCUCCUGGCUGGCCUCCAGUCCGCGUGUGGGACGAACGUCACCGCCGCCCAGGAUCCCGGCUUGGCCCGUGAGGGCGAGGGCGAGAGCGAGAGCGAGAAUGAGGGCGACGAGGAGGCCGACAGCGAGAGCGAGGCUGAGAACGAAGCCCAGCCUGUGCCUGAGGAGGAUGUUUCAAAUACGACAGUAGUCAAAGAAGUAGAAUUUGGGAUGUGCACCGUUACAUGUGGUGUUGGUAUUAGAGAAGUUAUACUAACAAAUGGAUGCCCUGGAGGUGAAUCCAAGUGUAUUGUACGGGUGGAAGAAUGCCGUGGACCAGUAGAUUGUGGCUGGGGUAGACCAGUUUCAGAAAGUCUUGAAAGUGUUAGGCUGGCAUGUAUUCAUACAUCUCCUGUAAAUCGUUUCAAAUAUAUAUGGAAACUUCUAAGGCCAGACCAACAACCCAUUAUCCUUGCAAAUGAUUCAGCAAUCCUGGAAGUACACAGGGAAGUUCAUCCCUUGGCUUUUGAGUGUACCACCUUGGAUAAUAAUGAAAUAAUAGCAUCUAUUAAAUUCACAGUCUAUACAACAAGUGAACUGCAAAUGAAAAGAUCAAACCGACCAGACACUGAUGCAGUCCUAGUUUUUGUGCUGACCAUAGGAGUUAUUAUCUGUAUAUUCGUGAUCUUUAUACUGAUCUUCAUAAUUAUAAACUGGGGUGCAGUCAAGUCUUUCUGGGGAGAAAAAGCUUCAACAGCUGAGAUACAGUCUGAGCUGAGUUCAACGAGAUACAAAGAUUCAACUUCUCUUGACCAAUCACCAACAGAAAUACCUGGAAAUGAAGAUGAUGCUUUAAGUGAAUGGAAUGAAUGAUAUAUGGAUGAUAUAUAAGAAACCAAAGGAGAGUAGAGCAUAUUAGAUUCAUUACUAUAAAAAUAAAAUAUAU